UUUUGAAUAAAAAGGAAACAUUUUAUCCCUAUCUGUAAGAGCUCGAACGCAUAAAAGAGAACCUCCAAUUUCCAUGGCGGUAGCUCUAGUCUCAAUUUCUACAGCUCCACCUUCAAGCAGACCAAACCCACUUGUCCAUUGCCCUUCUUCUGCAUUCAAGGGAAAUGUGGAAACUUUGAAGGCAAGCCCAUGUCAUAUUUCAUCUCUGAAGCUCCACAGCAAGACCUGCUUUAGAGAAAGAAGACAACUUGUGGUUCUCAGUAAGGCAGCUUCAUCAUCAUCACCCUCAUCCUCUGCUUUGGCUCCACAGGGCAAUGUUCGAUUCCGGCUUGAUAAUCUGGGCCCACAACCCGGCGCCAAGAAGAAGCCGAAGAGAAAAGGAAGGGGUAUAGCGGCUGGUCAAGGAAACAGCUGUGGAUUUGGCAUGAGGGGUCAGAAAUCACGUUCUGGACCCGGCGUCAAGAGGGGUUUUGAAGGGGGUCAGAUGCCUCUCUAUCGUCGAAUUCCCAAGUUGAGAGGAAUUGCUGGAGGCAUGCAUGCGGGUUUACCUAAAUAUGUCCCUGUGAACCUGAAAGACAUAGAAGCUGCAGGAUUUAAAGAAGGAGAAGAGGUAUCAUUGGAAACCUUAACGAAGAAGGGUUUGAUCAAUCCAUCAGGAAGAGAAAGGAAACUCCCUUUGAAGAUACUUGGUACCGGGGAACUAAGCGUGAAACUGAACGUAAAGGCCCGUUCCUUUUCAUCAUCAGCGAAGGAGAAGCUUGAGGCUGCUGGAUGUUCCCUCACUGUAUUACCUGGAAGGAAGAAAUGGGUAAAGCCAUCAGUUGCAAAGAACCUUGCUCGUGCUGAAGAAUACUUUGCCAAGAAAAGAGCAGCUGCUGCGGAAGAACCAGCUUCUGCUUGAAACCAAUUGUCAGGCAUGCAGCUCAAACAUUGUUUUGUAACUGUAGUAGUAAAUGUUUAAGUUAUCUCAUCAAGUUUAAUUUUCCCUGGUUUUUUUCAGUUUCUUUUUGGUUUUUAGAAGACUUGCAAUUGUAAUUUGUAAUUUAUUUUUGUAAAAAGUGCUGUUCUCUAAUCUCGUCAGAACUUUGGUGGCAA